UCCGCUCGGGCAGCGGGCUGAGUGAGCUGCCGCCGCCGCUGCCGCCGCCGCCGCUGGGGGAGGGGCGGCCGCCGCCCGCCUGCGCUCAGAGACUCACGCAGCCCCAGUCCCGCCAGUCCGCCAACACAGUAGUGCCGGCCCCCCCUCCCUCCCUGGCCCUUCCCCCUCCCCGCCUUUGGCUCGCUCCGCCUUUCUGCCCCCCACCCCCACCUCACGGGUACGGGCCAUUCCCGGCCAGGAAACGCCGUGGCGCCGCGUUGGGCCUAACUCGAGUCUUGCUGCCUCCCGGGAGUGCCGUGCGCCGCAGCCCGGGCUCAGGCCCCGGCAGCGCCUGGGACAAGGUCUCCAGAGCUACCGGCAAAUAAUUUUGGGGAACUUCAUAUUCAGAGGUCUAUAUAAAGGAUUCCUCAUGUCCAUAACAUGUUGGCUGAGGCUCUGCAGCUCACCCCCACUCUCAGAGUGGUCAGUCUCCAUUAAUUGGAUCCCGUGAUUUCCAUUCUCUGCUGUUUUGGACGUCAUGAGCAUUGCAAUCCCUCUGGGAGUCACCACACCAGAUACAUCCUACUCAGAUAUGGCUGCUGGAUCAGAAAAGGAAGUGGAAGCCCCCUACCUUUCAAGACGAAGUGGCACUACACCAGGAUGUGAAAGUCCAGCGAAAGAGACCCAAGGGGCCUAGGGGGCAGCACACCCCCAGAAGCCAAGUCUAUUCCAGGCAGUACCAGGGAUUAGGGUCUGGGCUGGAAAAAUCCUGGUGUUUUGAAUAUGUUCAGGUCCAGUUCAGACUCUUGAUCCCACAGCCACUUCUUGAGUGAGACUUGCACGUGAAGUGCAUAUGUUCAUAUUUACCCAGUUUGGAGAUGGGUAAGAUAUAACCAACAUAGCUCCAUCUCCAUGGCCAUCUUUUAUUUCAUGCAACUUUCCUUUUCCUGCCCCCCCCCCCCCCCCAAAAAUCCAUUUCUAAUGAACAGCUGUCAUGUUUCACCCAUGUGUUUAAUAGUACAAAAUCUCCUAUAUGAAAUUUGUACAACUCUUUGAAAUAUUUGUUUGUCAAGUAAUGUACCUAGUAAAUUAACUAUGUAUAAAUUCAUUACUUUCUUUUAACUGUCCAUCAUAGAACUAAAUUCUGCCUUCAUUUUAUUAAUGCUUGUGUGCCUUGGGUUUCAUUUAGGAAACCCCACCUGUUUCCUAAUACUCAGAGCUGAUUGCCUCUCAGUGAGCCAUGUUCAGAUCAUCUUUUUCUCAAGAAUACUGACCUGCAUUCUUGAUGUACCACACCCCGCCCCCAGUUCCCAUCUUGCAGACACUGUUGAAUAAUAAAAUGCAUGCAGUUCACUAACAGAGAAUACUUUCCUAUGUCUAAAGUUCUUCUUCACCUAGAAAUUACCUUUGCUGUUAUUAAUAAGAUCCCUUCUCACAGUUUUGGAGCAAAAAACUGGGGUAUCCUGUCUUGGUAGUGAAUGGAAGAGGGCCUGGUCCCUGGGGCAGUGCAGAAGGCACUUUCAUCAUCUCACUCACUGCAAAUGUCAUGUGAGGUUUCAUGGAAGUAUUAAGAGAUCCAAUUAAGAAGAAUAGUUCUGAGUCUAAACCAGCCCAGAGUGGCUUCUCUAGGGGAAACUCCCCGCUCAGCUGCCCUGAAUCUGUGGAGGCUAGUCCAGCAGUUAAUGAGAAGAGCGUGUAUUCCACUCAUAAUUAUGGGACCACUCAGAGGCAUGGGUGUCGAGGACUGCCUUAUGCUGAUCAUAAUUACGGAGCCCCUCCUCCUCCGACACCUCCUGCUUCUCCCCCUGUCCAGACGAUCAUCCCUCGUUCUGACCUGAAUGGCCUGCCGUCGCCCGUAGAGGAACGCUGUGGAGACAGCCCGAACUCUGAAGGAGAGACUGUUCCUACCUGGUGUCCUUGUGGUCUUUCUCAGGAUGGCUUCCUUCUCAACUGUGACAAGUGCAGGGGAAUGAGCAGGGGGAAGGUUAUUAGACUUCAUCGGCGGAAGCAGGACAACAUAUCAGGUGGGGAUAGCAGUGCAACAGAAAGCUGGGAUGAGGAGCUUUCUCCUUCCACUGUGUUGUAUACAGCAACACAGCACACACCUACAAGCAUCACCUUAACUGUUAGAAGAACCAAACCCAAGAAGCGGAAAAAGAGUCCAGAAAAGGGUCGUGCAGCACCAAAGACGAAGAAAAUCAAGGCAUUUCGAGAGGGAUCCCGGAAGUCCUUGCGGAUGAAGAAUUCUCCCUCUGAAGCACAGAAUUUAGAUGAGAAUACAACUGAGGGCUGGGAAAAUCGGAUAAGACUAUGGACUGAUCAGUAUGAAGAAGCUUUCACUAAUCAGUACAGUGCAGAUGUACAGAACGCCCUUGAACAACAUCUACAUUCUAGCAAGGAAUUUGUGGGCAAACCUGCUAUUUUAGACACUAUUAAUAAGACCGAAUUGGCCUGUAAUAAUACAGUUAUUGGUUCCCAAAUGCAGUUACAGCUGGGAAGAGUCACUCGGGUUCAAAAGCACCGUAAAAUCCUGAGGGCUGCAAGAGAUUUGGCUUUGGAUACUCUUAUAAUAGAGUACCGCGGGAAAGUCAUGUUACGGCAACAAUUUGAGGUCAAUGGGCAUUUCUUCAAAAAACCAUAUCCCUUUGUGCUCUUCUACUCAAAAUUCAAUGGUGUAGAGAUGUGUGUGGAUGCCCGUACUUUCGGUAAUGAUGCUCGCUUCAUCAGAAGAUCAUGUACACCAAAUGCAGAGGUGCGACACAUGAUUGCAGAUGGGAUGAUUCACCUGUGUAUCUAUGCUGUUUCUGCCAUCACCAAGGAUGCUGAAGUCACCAUUGCAUUUGAUUAUGAGUAUAGUAACUGUAAUUAUAAAGUGGACUGUGCAUGUCACAAGGGAAACCGGAAUUGCCCUAUACAGAAAAGGAAUCCAAAUGCUGCAGAACUGCCACUCCCACCUCCUCCAACCCUACCUACCAUCGGGGCAGAGACCAGACGUAGGAAAGCACGAAGGAAAGAGCUAGAGAUGGAGCAGCAGAAUGAAGCUUCAGAGGAGAAUAAUGACCAGCAACCACAAGAAAUUCCAGAAAAAAUAACUUUAUCCAGUGAUCAUGAGGAAGUAGACAAUCCAGAAGAAAAACCAGAAGAGAAAGAAGAGGUUAUAGAUGACCAGGAGAAUGCAGCUCAGAGCAGGAGGACUCGGGAGGACAGGAAGGUCGAAGCCAUUAUGCAUGCUUUUGAAAACUUAGAAAAAAGAAAGAAACGGCGAGAUCAGCCCUUGGAACAGAGCAGCCCUGAUGUAGAGAUUACUGCCACCACCACCACAGAGACUCCUGUUGGAGAAGAGACAAAAGCAGAAGCCUCUGAAUCUGAAGUUAACAACACUGCUUCAAAUGUUUCCAUCCCAAGCAUCCCACAGAGUAUUGGUGUGAACACCCGGAGGUCUUCCCAAGCAGGGGAUGUUGCUGCAGAAAAACCAGUGCCCAAACCACCUCCAGCAAAGCCUUCCAGACCCCGACCGAAGAGUCGAAUUUCUCGAUACCGGACCAGUUCAGCCCAAAGACUAAAACGUCAGAAGCAGGCCAGCGCACAACAGGCAGAGUUGUCACAAGCCGCCUUGGAAGAGGGAGGAAAUAACAGCUUAGUAACUCCCACUGAAGCUGGAAGUAUAGACAGUUCAGGAGAAAACAGGCAGUUAACAGGAUCUGACCCAACUGUGGUAUCAGUUACUGGAUCUCAUGUCAACCGUGCUACAUCUAAGUACCCCAAAACCAAAAAGUAUCUAGUUACAGAAUGGUUGAAUGACAAAGCAGAGAAGCAGGAGUGCCCUGUUGAGUGCCCUUUACGUAUCACCACGGACCCAACUGUACUGGCAACAACACUGAACAUGUUACCGGGUCUUAUUCAUUCCCCGUUAAUUUGCACCACCCCCAAACACUACAUUCGCUUUGGCUCACCCUUUAUGCCUGAGAGGCGUCGGAGACCCCUUCUGCCUGAUGGCACAUUCAGCUCCUGUAAGAAGCGCUGGAUAAAGCAAGCCUUGGAAGAAGGGAUGACUCAAACACCUGUACCCCAAGAGACUAGAACUCAGCACCUAUACCAAAGUAAUGAGAAUAGUAAUUCUAGUAUCUGCAAAGACAAUGCAGACUUGUUGAGCCCAUUAAAGAAAUGGAAAUCUCGGUAUCUGAUGGAGCAGAAUGUCACCAAGUUACUUCGGCCUCUGUCUCCAGUCACACCACCCCCUUCCAGUUCAGGCUCAAAGAGCCCCCAGCUGACCACACCUGGCCAGACUCACCCAGGAGAAGAGGAGUGUCGAAAUGGAUACAGCCUCAUGUUCUCGCCAAUCACGUCUCUUACUACUGCUAGUCGCUGCAACACUCCUCUGCAGUUUGAGAACAUAUCCUCCCCUGAGAGUUCCCCUGCGCAUAGGCCCGAGUCCCUGUCACCCGAGCUUUGUCACCGAAAAGACCUGGAUUUGACAAAAGUAGGAUACCUUGAUUCCAACACUAACAACUGUGCUGAUAGACCUUCCCUGCUCAACUCAGGUCAUUCUGACCUGGCUUCUCAUCCCUCCAUUGGGCCCACCUCAGAGACUGGCUUCCCAAGCAGAACUGGAGAUGGACAUCAGACCCUCCUGAGAAACUCAGACCAGGCAUUUCGGACAGAGUUCAAUUUGAUGUAUGCCUACUCCCCUUUGAAUGCUAUGCCUCGAGCAGAUGGAUUAUAUAGAGGGUCUCCCCUAGUGGGGGAUAGGAAGCCUUUACAUUUAGAUGGGGGAUAUUGUUCCCCAGCAGAAGGGUUCCCAAGCAGAUAUGAACAUGGCUUUAUGAAAGACCUCUCUCGUGGAUCCAUGUCACCUGGUGGUGAAAGGACCUGUGAAGGGACCCCAUCUGUCCCCCAGAACCCACCACAGAGGAAAAAGGUAUCCCUACUGGAGUACCGAAAACGGAAACAAGAAGCCAAGGAGAAUUCUGCUGGUGGGGGAGGAGACUCUGCACAGAGCAAAAGCAAGUCUGCAGGAGCUGGGCAAAGCAACAGUAACUCUGUUUCUGACACUGGUGCCCAUGGUGUGCAGGGAUCCUCAACCCGAACCCCAUCAUCCCCUCAUAAAAAAUUCUCCCCAUCUCAUUCCUCGAUGUCCCAUUUGGAGGCAGUAAGCCCAUCAGAAUCCAGAGGCACUUCAUCUCACUGCAGACCUCAAGAGAAUAUCAGUAGUAGGUGGAUGGUUCCCACGUCAGUAGAAAGACUUCGAGAAGGAGGGAGCAUCCCUAAGGUCCUCCGAAGCAGUGUGAGGGUGGCCCAAAAAGGAGAGCCCUCUCCCACGUGGGAGAGUAAUAUCACUGAGAAAGAUUCAGACCCUGCAGAUGGAGAAGGCUCAGAGACAUUGAGCUCAGCACUCUCCAAAGGAGCAACUGUUUACAGCCCUUCCAGAUACAGCUACCAGCUCCUGCAGUGUGAUAGUCCACGGACAGAAUCACAAAGUCUCCUUCAACAGAGUUCCUCUCCCUUUAGAGGACAUCCCACCCAAUCUCCAGGAUACAGUUAUCGAACUACUGCACUGAGACCUGGAAACCCCCCUUCUCACGGUUCUUCUGAAUCAUCCCUCUCUUCUGCGUCCUAUCCCAGCCCUGCCCACCCUGUGUCCACAGACUCGUUGGCCCCAUUUACAGGGACACCAGGGUAUUAUAGCAGCCAGCCACAUUCUGGAAACAGCACUGGCAGCAAUCUUCCCAGGAGGAGCUGUCCUUCUAGUGCUGCUAGCCCUACCCCACAGGGCCCCUCAGACUCGCCAACCUCAGACUCGGUUUCUCAGUCCAGCACAGGAACUCUGAGUUCCACCUCCUUUCCUCAGAACUCUAGGUCGUCAUUGCCAUCAGACUUACGGACUAUCAGUCUGCCCAGUGCUGGGCAGUCCGCUGCCUACCAGGCCUCCAGGGUAUCUGCGGUUUCCAAUUCACAGCACUACCCACACCGUGGGAGUGGGAGUGUACACCAGUACCGACUCCAGCCACUGCAGGGUUCAGGAGUCAAGACUCAGACAGGACUUUCCUAGGGCUUCUGGACAUGGGCAAACAGAACUGAACAAGCCCAUAGCUGCUUCCUUCCAGCUGCCUCUGGAACCUGGGCCGAGCAUAUUGCUGGAGGAGGGGGUACAGGAUGCCAGAGGAUUGGGUCUGGUCGACAAGAAACAAGACUUGUGGUCGCAACUGGCCUCUGGCCUUGGAGAAAGAUGUAAAUCUUGUCUGAAGCAGAGACUAUAAAGAAGUUUCUCCCUGCUGUUAAGGGUACAUUGUUGACAAGCAAAUGGUGUUUUGGUUAGUAACGGUUCUAAGUGCAAUGAGUUGUGUUGAAGCCUCUGUCUCCCAUCCUUGCCUGUAGCCUGUAGUCACUUGUGCAGUGAGGACAUCUUUUUAAAUAAAAAAAAAAAAAAGUUUUUGUUUCAAAGGAAAAAAAUUGAAAAGAGCCAAUCUCAAAGCCCCAAGCCAUC